AGACACCAAUUUGCAGGCACAUGAAAUUAUUGCAAAUUUGGCACUGGAACUUGACCACAAGAAGGUCAGCAGGUUCAAUAUAUCAAGGUCAGCUGUAUGGGAUGGAGCUGUUAGAGGAUUUCGACGCAGCACAUACUCUGACAACUACGACAUGUUCAUCAAGUUUAAUGAUGAUGCUGGCAGCUUUGAAGAAGGUUUGGAUACAGGUGGCCCGAGGCGUGAAUUCCUCACACUUCUUAUGGGCAGUCUGAGAAAUCGCCCCAUCUUUGAUGGACCUCCAGAGAGCCGUUAUCUUGUAUAUAAUUCAAGAGCUGCCAGGCAAGAUGAGUACUUUUUAGCAGGAAAGAUGAUCGCUGUAUCCAUUGUGCAUGGGGGACCAGCACCACAUUUCCUCUCCAAGAACCUGGUCAACCACAUCACAGGGAAUCAGAGUUUCAGCGCCACUGUAGAAGAUGUGCAAGAUGAGGAGAUCACAAAAGUUCUACAUCAGGUCCUGAAAGCUGAAUCAGAGGAGUCUUUGCAUAAUCUUAUUUUGCAAAACAGCACAAUCUUCCAAACUGCUGGAUGCCUCAGAAACGUCAAGCCUUGUGAGAAACAAGCAUUUGUGGAGGAGUACCUCAGAUGGUACAUCCUUGAAAGAAACCAAAGUGUCAUUCAACGAUUUAAAGAUGGACUGGAAAGUCUGAAUUUUUAAGUGCACUGCAACAAAAUUCCAGUGUGCUGGCCCCACUCCUAUGCUUCUCUGCCAAGGCCCUGACUGCUUCAGAACUGGAGAGCAUGUUCAGACCAGAUCUCAGCCCAGCAGGAAGCAACAAGCGGCAUAAGGAGGUCCUAACACUUGGCUUUUGGGCAGAUUAUCUCCUUGAUUGUGAAGAGAAGGCAACAGCAGUGUGUCUGGAAGAUUUGAUGAUGUUUGCCACAGGGCUGACGGCAGUUCCACCGGCAGGAAUGACACCACCACCAUGCAUCCAGUUUUUAAGUGUUUCCCCUUUUCCAGUUGCAAACACCUGUGCAAAUACUCUGAAGCUACCCAUCUGUGACUCAUACAGCAUCUUUAAGGCCAACAUGGACUUUGGAAUUCAAAAUGCUCCAGGAUUUGGAUGUUCUUAAAUCAGCAAGGUCAUCAAGUUACAGUUACUGAGUUACCCUGUUAGGUUCAGCUGCCGUUGGCACACUACUUAACACAUUCAUGUGACAAGCAACUUCCAUAUUGUUAAACAUUUAGUUGUUUUUUCUGAAUAUUGUGUAUGUUGGAAAAGUGACAGAAAUGCUGGACACUAUUUGUAAAUGGUUUUAUUAAAGAAAAUUUUAAAUGUU